AAAUCGAAUAGGAUGUCUGGAGAUUUGCCUCUGAAUAUCAACAUUAAAGAACCACGAUGGGACCAGGGCACGUUUAUGGGCCGAGCUCAGCACUUCUUCAUGGUGACGGACCCCAGAAACGUGCUGCUGUCCAGUGAGGUUUUAGAGGAUGCCAGAGUUACUGUGGAGAACUACAGGUUGGGAAUCGUGAAGCCUGGGCUAACAGAGGAUCAAUUAUGGAGGGCCAAAUACAUUUACGACUCUGCUUUCCACCCAGACACAGGAGAGAAAAUGCUGCUAAUUGGACGCAUGUCUGCACAAGUGCCCAUGAACAUGACCAUUACGGGUUGCAUGCUUACCUUUUACAGGACAGCCCCAGCAGUGGUGUUUUGGCAGUGGGUAAACCAGUCCUUCAACGCCAUUGUCAACUACACUAACCGCAGUGGAGAUGCGCCAAUCACCGUGAAUCAGCUUGGAGCAGCCUACGUUAGUGCUACCACUGGAGCUGUAGUAACAGCCCUUGGACUGAAGGCUCUGACCAAGAGCUUGCCAGCUAUUAUGGGGCGUUUUGUUCCAUUUGCUGCAGUGGCAGCAGCAAACUGUAUCAACAUACCCUUCAUGAGACAAAGAGAGCUGAAGUAUGGUAUUCCUGUUACUGAUGCUGAGGGAAAACGUCUCGGAGAAUCAAGUAAAGCUGCUCAGCAAGCCAUCGUACAGGUGGUGGUGUCCCGUAUCGGCAUGGCAGUGCCAGCCAUGGCUAUUCCUCCAGUUAUCAUGAAUGCCUUAGAAAAGAAGGCCUUCAUGAAGCGGUUCCCGGUUCUCAAUGCCCCUGUACAAGUUGGACUUGUUGGACUCUGUCUGGUGUUUGCCACUCCACUGUGCUGUGCUCUGUUCCCACAGAAGAGUUCUAUGAAGGUGAGCAGCCUGGAGCUGGAGCUUCAAGAGAGGAUACGGCAAAACAAUCCUCACAUCACCACUGUUUAUUUUAACAAGGGUCUGUAAUCAGGUCUAGGUUGCAGCCCAUGUUGAUGUCCUCCACUGCACUGGACAUUAGUGGGCACAACUUGAAGAGUAGAACAUUUAUUUUUGUUUUGCUGUUCUGAGUUAUAUAUUUUUGUCAGUUUUACCCAAGUUAUUGUACUAUCCAAAAUGACUAUAUGUACAGUGAAGGUCAGAACUUUUCUGCUGGAUUUAGUUAAAGAUGCUUGAAUGUUAACUGCUGCAUUGCUUUACGCCUCCAUCUAGUGUUGACUGCACACACAUAGACUUAUUUACCAGUAUAUUAAUUUCUGUCAUUUAUUCUAGAUUAUCAUAUGCAUAUAGUAUGAUUUUUUUCCCCCCUAGUUAUCUUUGGAUUUCCAGGUUUGUGGCUCAAACGUCUGACCAACUCCACUCUCCCAUGUGAGUUGUUACUAAGGACAGUUACAGAAAUUGGGUUUUCAACUUUAUUCUGCCAGAAGGAGUAUUUCCACCUUUCAUGCUCCACUAUGUGCCCAUUAAGUGCACUUAUGCAGUGAAUGCAGUGUGCAUUAUGUACUACCAAGAAAACCUGAGAUGUGCAAACACUCCUUCAUGAGCACAUCAAAAUGCUAAUUAUUGGGUGACUACCACUGAUAUCACUUCCUGCAGGUCAUACUUCAUUAUUUCUGUUAAAGCCUUAUAGAUGUGUGGUUUGAAGUCAUCGCAAAUGUCUCUGAGACAUUUGGUUGUGUGGAUUGUAGUUUGUGUACUGAAUGGUCAAAAUAAUAUUUAUUGAAAUAUUUAAUACUUAUUAUUAGCAUUUGUGAUCGUAUGAAUAAUUUCCCCAAAUAGGACAGAAUGUGUCUGGGGCCUGGGCUAAAAGAAAGAAGCACUACAUAUCUCAGGCUGCAAGAGCAAAUUAUAAGAACAGUUUGCUCAUGUUUGAUAGAGGAAAAAUGCUUGUUUGGAGUAUGAAGAAAAAGUUGCUUCAUAUGCCCUGCUUUGAUCAUGUAUUACAUCUCAGACAUUUACAAUUAUGGUAACAACAAUCAGAUUUAUUUAUUGUUGUCAUGGGGGAAUCUAUUAUGUGUUUUUUAUUAAUAUAAUGUAUAUAUGUUGAUGAUGUCAGUCAUGGUGUCUGUAGUAUAUGAUAUAACCAUUAGUAAGUUCACUAGCCUCUGGUCCUGUAACCUGAGCACAUAUGAUCAAACUUGUUUUCCCUGACGUAUUGUGGUAAUGUUAUGGUGUGUAGUUUUUGUUGUUUGGUUCCUGUUGUUUUUGUGGAUAAAGUUAACAAACCUUUUUUUGUGGAUGAAGUUAACAAAACUUUUUUUUGCCAUCACUCUAACAACACUCGUUAUUCCCAUCAUGUCCUCUAAAGAGGCAGUAUAGAUCUGUUGUUUUUGAUUUGAACACUCCAUUGUAGGCUAAUAAUUUAGCCUAAUAUCGAAGCACAUUAUAUGUUAAGUAUGCUGUUGAAAAAGGUAGCCCAGUUGAAAGCCGUCAGGGAUUGAUGCUUGCUUUAAUUAAUGCACAAAUUCCCAGUUACUAUGAUGAUAGUACAAAAACAUGUCUAGAUUUGAUAUAGAAGUGUUGGAUAUGUUAUGCAAACAUGACUAUUUGAUUGUGAUUUAUACAGAACUGUCUGAUUUCUUCCCGGAAUGUCCUGUUAACACAAAGUAUCACAGACCAGUGUCAAGACUCGUUCUUCCUUUCAAAAUGCACAGUGUACCAGCAGAUAAAGUUCAGCUGUAAUAUCAGCAAUACAACAAAUUAUUUAGCAAAGGUGGUGUUUUCAGAUCUUACGGACAUUUUAUGAUUGUAAAUUGCACUAGACCACUGACAAAUGUUUUUUUUGGAUGUAAACCCACAAUGUUAUAAUUGUUAAAAAUAUUACGUUAAUGAACCUAUAGUGGUCAUGUAUCAUUUUCUAUAUAAUUAUAAAAUUAUGGUUGUCCAUCAAUUAGUCAUAUGUGGAUCAUAAUAGAUUCAAUCAAAAAUAUAGUCUCACCAGAUACAUUUGGCAUUUUACAAAAAUCAGACCACGCCAAAGAAAAUUAAGAUUGCAUAUAUGCUUGAUGCUUAGAGCACAUAUUGAUAAGUCGCCUAUAGUGUGGAAAGUGCAGACAAAUGCAAGUGCAAUAAUUGGUGUGAUGUAACUUGCAUAUAAAUGUUGCACCAGGAAGACUCACUUCAGCACAAUUAUUAUGGUUAUUAUUGGUGCUUAUUGUUUUAUAUUGUUUUGUUACAUCCUUGUGUAUUUUAUCUGGUACAGUGUAAUAAAGAUAUUAAACUAUG